UGGUGUAAUCUACACAUAUAAUGAUGAAGGCUGCAUAUAGAUUGUGUGUAUAUACUGCACUUUUUUGUCUGUGUAUGUGAACUUGAAGGGGAUUGUGUGUAUGCAAAGAUUGUGGGUGUGUAUGUGUAUGUAUGCAAAUGCUGGUUUGAGAAGGUGUGGGGUAGAGCGAGGUUGGCCGGGGCACGGUCUCAAUGUGCUUGGUCGCUCUUUUUCAAUGGGCGCUGGCAUAAAAGUGUAAGAUCGCUCAACGAAGCGCACCAGAGCACACGGCCGUGUACUAAUCGCUCAUCGUUCAUCUGUCUUCUCUCAUUUUGUGGCGACAUUUUUUUCAUCCAGCGCUGCCCUCUCCUGUUCCUACGCCAGCACACCCCGGGGCUAAACUCUGUCCUAACAGGCCUCGCACACAUGUUUUUCUCUCUUUUCCUGAACACGGACUAACACUUUUCGCGUUAAUACAUCUCGAAUUUAAAUACACUACAACAAUUUGGACUCACCUUUCGUUAUAAAAAAAAUAUUAUUCACCGUUUAUUUGAAUUGAUGUACCACUGAUUUGAAAUUCUUACGCAAGAAGAUAUCGCUUCUUCAGAAACAUUUUUAUUUUGACGGACUUUGAUCUGCGAGGGUGGAAACGUUCAUCACCUCGAAAGAUAUGUCACAGCACGGUUUAGCCGACCCGCAACCAGUGCCUGUACAGCCCGGUAACAACCAACAGCAAAUGGAUCAAAAUGGUACGAAUAAACCCAAGAAAAGCAGUAGAUCGCGAGAUCACGAUUGGGGUAGCAACGAUGGGGGCAAAGGGCACAGUGGAGUAAAUCAGCUCGGAGGGGUCUUCGUCAACGGUCGUCCCCUGCCGGACUCUACCCGACAGAAGAUAGUCGAGUUAGCACACAGCGGCGCCCGUCCCUGCGACAUCUCCCGUAUACUACAGGUUUCCAAUGGCUGCGUCUCGAAGAUACUAGGCCGCUACUACGAGACAGGGAGCAUACGACCCCGGGCCAUCGGGGGGAGUAAGCCUCGGGUAGCUACCCCUCAUGUUGUGACGCGGAUUGCCCACUAUAAGAGAGAAUGUCCGUCAAUUUUCGCAUGGGAGAUCAGGGACCGGCUACUCGCCGAAAAGAUAUGCAACCAAGAAAAUAUUCCAAGUGUGUCGUCCAUUAACCGAGUAUUACGCAAUCUUGCUGCAGAAAAGACCAUGGGUCAUGGGGACAUGUUCGACAAACUGCGCAUGCUCAAUGGCCAGUGGGCGCGGUCAGGUCCUUGGUACGCCCCCAAUGUUAAUCCUGCUAUGCCAGGUCAACCUCUCGGUCACCACACCAUGGAACCCUUCAAGAAGGAAGGUGAGCAUGAACCGAAGGCUGCGGAAGAUGAUGAGGAUGCUCAAGCUAGAUUACGACUGAAAAGGAAAUUACAGAGGAACAGAACAUCCUUCACUGCUCAACAGAUAGAGGAACUUGAGAAAGAAUUUGAACGAACACAUUACCCAGAUGUCUUUGCACGAGAGAGGCUGGCACAGAAAAUUGACCUACCGGAAGCUAGAAUACAGGUGUGGUUUUCGAAUCGCCGUGCAAAAUGGCGCCGCGAGGAGAAACUGCGCAAUCAGAGAAGACAGCAGGCCGAGGUGGGUGGGGUACAUACACAGUCUUCCAGUCAUCUGCCACUAAGUAGCGGUUACAGUACCAACAAUGUGAGUGUGUAUCAACCGAUCCCACAACCCUCCGCGGCCACCAUGGUACCCCGUACCGCACCGGACUCGUACAGCGCCAUCCCACCUAUGCCGAGUUUCUCGAUGGCUUCUGGUCCCAAUAUCGGGAUGCAGCCCCGGGACACCAGCUCCUACACAAGAAUGCUCCAUCAACCAAGCCAUGGUUACGAUUCUCUUUACUCUGCUCCACCUAACCACCAUGCCAUGACGUCACAUGGACACGCCCCCACCCACCACGGGAUGCAUCAGACUCAUAUGAACAGCGCUUGCAAUAAUGGUCUGAUCUCACCCGGUGUGUCUGUACCCGUACAGGUGCCUGGCUCAUCUCCGGCUGAUACCCACCCGUCACACCAAUACUGGCCACGCAUUCAGUAGUCAUGAGAAACUAGUACCAGUCUCUUCUUCUCCCGAUCGAGAGACGGAGGAAGAAACGACUAUCGUCAUCGCUGAAGGAUGUCAUUUGCAAUCGGAUGCGCAGGGUACCCGUAUGUUAUUGUGUACAAAAACACUCUUCGAUCGUCACAGUACUGUGUUUGAUAAGUUUGAAUAUCACAGUAGGCUGUCCAAAUGUGAUUGUUUCAUUGUACAGCCGAUCUCUUUCAGAACCCAACUCUAAGUCCAGAUCAGAAUAAUUAUUUCAGAUUUUGCAUAGGUCUACCUCCUUUACAAUGGUUAUUAUUGGCAGCCAUUGGCAUGCAUGAGGCUUGCGCGAUAUACCAACGGUUUACAGAUGGAACUUGCAUUAUAAGCUUCACAAUUUGAUAGCAGAUGUAAAUACCCAUACAGGCACAUAGGAUAGAACUUAAAACUAAAACUUGCAUGUUAAAUAAGCCAGUUUAAAAUGCAUUUAAAUAUUUGAUAAUUUUUACCUGAACACUUGGCAAAGAAAUAUUUGGUUCCACCUGUAGUAAAUGCUAGAAUCUGACUAGAUGAAAUUUAAGUUUCAUAAAUUAUUUGCUGCUAAAUCAGGCAAAUUUUGCGAUCUUUACACAUCAAAGAAAAUUUUUGCUCCGAAGGUAUGGACAAUUUCAUUUAAAUACAAUUGAAAAUUAGUUGUAGCUAUUUAGUCACUCAGAAAACAAUAGAUUAAUAUAUUAAUGUAUUGUUUUACUUUCAUCCACCUUUCCCUUCUUGCUGGCUAAAUAAUCAGGUUGUGAGAAAUCAAGGAAAAGCAAUGGAUUUCAGAAGGAUAAAUGUCAACUUUAAGACUUUAAAUUAUACGUUGCAUUUUAUUCUACAGGCUUGUCUAUAUAGGACAGCCCCAUUAUAGGUAUUUAGUAGUGUAUAUUUCCUCGAGGAUUUCCAUCUAUUUGAAUCGCCUUAGAACAAAAUGGGUGUAGACGUACAACGCAUAUAAUUAUGUUGAAAAGCAGAAAAGGUUUAUCUGACAGGCAUUCGAGAUUACUAGAAUGGUACUAAUUUUGUUCUCAGUAAAGUCAUAAUAAAGCUUUGUCCUUUUUGGGAAUAAUUGAUAUUCAGUAUGUUCAUAUACUCUGGAUUUAUUUUACCAAUUAUAAACCUGUUAUAAUCUAAUUUUUAAGAAAUCUAUAGAGAGAUUUGUUGAAAGAGGAAGAGUAAAGAGGAAGAAAGCAUGCAAUUUACUGCUUCAAAUCAAUAAUAUUGAAAGUACUAAGUUGUUUUACGUAAUACACUACCUAUAUUUUUGCCUUCUUUUUUGUUUAAUGCGCUGCAAGUUUUUAGCAACAUUUUUAACGUUACAUUAGCGUUGCUUUGAAUUUGACAUUGAACUACGCAAUACUGUAGAGUUUGAUAACAUUAUUUUAUUUCUACCUCUGUAAAAUGAAGAAGAUUUGAUUUAUGCAUCAAUGCACAUUUUCACUUCGCUUUCACGUCGUGUACCAUCUAUUUGUUAACGUUCAUAUGAUUUGAUCUGAGAAACGGUUACAUAAUUUUGUUUUCCAUUUUGUAAUUUUCGAGAGGUCCCCCAUAAAAGACAGGAAGUAUCAUGAUACAAUCAUUCAAAUAUAUUUUGAGUUGAAAUGUUUAUCAAUUUGAUGAGAUCCCGUGUUCUUUUUAUAACAAUGAAAAUAUUGUUGGCAUGUGCUGUGCAAUGAUUUUCGUUGGAAAAAAUGUCCAGUUCCUGAAACGUAGAGUGGUUUUAUCGACCUAACUCAAAUGGAACACUUUCAGUAAGCUAAGAAAGUUAUUAGAAACAAUAGCACGGUCGCAUAAACUUUCGAGAAAUCAGCUUAAAGGACAAGUCCACCCCAAAAAAACUUACGUUCAAUAAAAGCAGAAA